AUGGUACUUCUAUUAGGCGUUGUUUUGCCUGAUCAUAAACCAUUAAGAAUUGCAUUAACUACAUUUUACGGCAUUGGAUAUUAUACAUCAUCAAGAAUUAUGGCAUCUUUAUCAAUACAUAAAACAGCAACAGUUGGUUCAUUAACAGAAGAACAACUUAUUGCACUUUCACAUAAACUUGGUACAUUUAUUUUAGAAAAUGAUCUACGUAGGAAAGUACAAAGAAAUAUCAUGCAUUAUAAAACAAUUGGGAGCUAUAUUGGAAAAAGACAUUCUAUGGGAUAUCCAGUUCAUGGACAAAGAACAAGAACUAAUGCAAAAACGGCUAGAAAGUAUGUUUUUUAG